AUGGCCUCCGUCUCCAGGUUUGACCGGGUGAGGGCGGCCCCCCACUAUGACGAGGUCCCUGUCGGCCCCCUGUGGCGAGACCAGGACCUGCCCCCCCCGCCCCCGGCCCUGACCGGAGCCGUGUCCACGCUCAGCCUGGACCCCCUCCCGCCCCCACCUCUCCCCGAGACCCCCGCCGUGGGGCUGGACUCCCUUCACCGGCCCCCCCGGGACGAUCCGGGGGAGGAGGGGGACUGCGACGCCAUGGACAUCAAGCCCGUCCGGCGCUUCAUCCCCGACUCGGUCAAGAACUUUUUCCGCGGGAACAGCGGCAACCGGGGCAGCCGGGGCUGGCCCGUGCCCCCCCCGCCGGCCCCCAGCUCCCCGGCCCCCUCGUCCACCAAGAGCCGCACCACCGGGGGGGUCCCCUGCUCGCCUCCCAACUCGGCCCCUCCGUCCCCCUCGCUGCCCGGCUCCUGCCGGGACCCCUACGGGGGGUCGGGGGGGGGCUACGGGCUGCUGCUGGGCGCCGAGGCGCGGGACCUGGCCUCGGUGGCGUCCACGGCGCAGAGCUACCAGGAGCGGGUGGAGGAGUACCACCUGCGCUACGCCUACAUGAAGUCCUGGGCCGGCCUGCUGCGCAUCCUGGGCUGCGUCCAGCUGCUGCUGGGCGCCGCCGUCUUCGCCUGCGUGUGCGCGUACGUGCACAAGGACAACGAGUGGUUCAACAUGUACGGCUACUCCCAGCCCCAGCUGUACGGCGGCCUGGGCGGGGGGGCCGGGGCCUACGGCGGGUACUCCGGGAGCUCCUACUCCGGCCCCAAGACCCCUUUCGUCCUGGUGGUGGCCGGCCUGGCCUGGAUAGUGACCGUCAUUCUCCUGGUUCUGGGGAUGUCCCUUUACUACCGGGCCAUUCUGCUGGACUCCACAUGGUGGCCGCUGACGGAAUGCGCCAUCAACCUGGUGCUGACCGUGCUGUACCUGGCGGCGGGGGUGACCUACGUGAAGGACACCACGCGGGGGGGGCUGUGCAGCACGCCCGUGUUCAACAACGGCGUGAACGGGGCCUUCUGCCGCACCGAGGCCGGCCAGACGGCCGCCAUCGUCUUCCUCUUCAUCACCAUGGCGCUCUACCUCAUCAGCGCCGGCGUGUGCCUGAAGCUGUGGAGGCACGAGGCGGCCCGGAUGAGGAAGGAGGGGCUGGAGCACGAGCUGGAUGGGGGAUCCCGGGCCUCGGAGCAGACGCCCCUCCCCACAGUACAGCCGGACCUCAUGAAUGCUCCCAACAUCAACGGGGCCGCGUCCGUGAUGGCGCUGGAGCCCGAGAUCCUGCGGGGACACAUCCCGGCCGGACACAUCCCCAAACCCAUCGUCAUAGCUGACUACGUGGCGAAGUACCGCAGCAUCUCGUCGGAUGAGGAACGGGACCGCUACAGGGCCGUGUUCAACGACCAGUACGCCGAGUACAAGGAGCUGCAUUCUGAGGUCCAGGCCAUGGCUCAGAGGUUUGAGGAGAUGGACGAGAUCAUGCAGAACCUUCCCGCCAGGCCCUCCAGCCAAAUGGAGAAGGAACGGAUCGAUAAGAUUUUAAUGGAAUACCAGAGGAAAAAAGCUGACCCAUCAUACCAGGAGAAAAGGGAGAGGUGUGAGUACCUAAAGAACAAGCUGUCUCACAUAAAACAGAAGAUUUCAGAGUACAACAAGGUUGUGGAGUUGAACAAUGGCAACUAA